GCUUCUGCAACACAGAGUGUAAGCCGGCUACAGAGCAUUGUAGCAGGGCAGAAAAAUGGACCAAGUGAACAGCUUCUAACUAUUUUUGAAAGACAGGGCUUCAACCCUGAACUGGUUCAAGAUGCUACAUCUCAUCAUAACAGAGGGUUAAAGACUGUCUAUCCCUCUCUUCUACAAAGCAGCCAACCUUUCCCAGAGACAUCAUCUCGGAUGCUUUCAUUGCUAUUCCUGCUCCUUCACAAUCUUUCCUUGUCUUGUCUUGCGUACGAAAUCCUAUUGAAAACAUCAUGAACAGAGUGAAAGAGAUAGGUGAAAUCUUCUGUCAAAACUAUACCCGGUCUACUGAUGAUCAGCCAGGAUCUCACAUAGAUUUUGCUGUGAAUCGGUUAAAAUUGGCAGAAAUCCUUUAUUAUAAAAUACUGGAGACCAUAAUGGUACAAGAAAUGCGAAGACUUCAUGGCAAAGACAUGUCUGCUCUUUUAGAGCAAGAUAUUUUCCAUUGUUCCCUCUUGGCAUGUUGUUUAGAGAUUGUGCUGUUUGCAUACAGUUCACCACGAACUUUCCCCUGGAUCAUUGAGGUUCUUAACCUCAGGCCAUUCUAUUUCUAUAAGGUGAUUGAAGUAUUGAUUCGAUCAGAAGAAGGACUUUCUCGAGACAUGGUGAAACAUCUGAACAGCAUUGAGGAACAAAUUCUUGAAAGCCUCGCAUGGACCAAGGACUCUGCCCUGUGGGAUGCCCUCCAAGCGUCUGAAAACAAGGCUCCUACCUGUGAAGAAGUAAUAUUUCCAUGUAAUUUUGAAAUAGGGAAUGGAGUCAGAGGACUAGGACAUCUUCCCAUGAUUCCAGUGUCUCCUAUAGUGCAUCCACGAGUAAAAGAGGUUCGGACAGAUCUUGGAGGAAAUAUUAGACGGGAUAUGCAGACAUUGUCUCCGAUCUCUGUUCAUGAUCGCUAUAGUUCUCCUAUGGCUGGAAGUGCUAAGAGAAGACUUUUUGGGGAUGAAAGCCCAAGAGAAAAUUUUUCAGAAAAAAAGCGCACUGAAGGGACCAGGCUGAAAAUUGCCCCAGUUUCAAACUUUAUUGAUGAAAAUGUGUCUGUCUCAUCUGAACAGACAGUUUUCAGUAUGGCAACAGCUUCAGUAACAGGAAAUAAAAUGACAAUUCCAUUGCAUGGUAUUGCAAAUGAUACAGGAGGGAUAACUUUAAUACCCAUUUCAAUCAAUGUAUCUGAAGAAUCGAAAAUGGACUGCCAUGGACAAGUGCCCCUAAGCGCUCAGGCUCUAUUGAACAUGUCCCCCAGACAACAUCAUAUGGCUCAAACCCAAGAAGUUUAUCCUGCAUCAGGAAGUAGACCAAAGAAAACUGGAUCUCUGGCACUGUUUUUCAGAAAGGUGUAUCAUCUUGCAAGUGUGCGGUUACGUGAUCUUUGCCUAAAAUUGGAUGUUUCUAAUGAGUUACGCAGGAAGAUAUGGACGUGUUUUGAAUUCACAUUAGUUCAUUGUACUGAUCUUAUGAAAGACAGGCAUUUGGAUCAGCUCCUCCUCUGUGCUUUUUACAUCAUGGCAAAGGUCUCUAAAGAAGAAAGAACUUUCCAGGACAUAAUGAAAAGCUAUAGAAACCAACCACAAGCAAAUAGUCAUGUCUACAGAAGUGUCUUAUUGAAAAAAAUGCCCACAGAGGCAGCAUUAGAUAUUAAAAAAGAAGAAAUGUCAGAAGAAGAUUCCAGAGAUAUGGAAGAGGAAGAAAGAGGAGAUCUAAUUAAAUUUUAUAAUACCAUCUACUUAGAAAAAGUGAAAAACUUUGCACUGAAAUAUGAUGCUUCCAGCCAUGAUCAUGUGGUGGAGGCACCUCCGCUUUCCCCGUUCCCAAGCAUUAAACAGCAACCAGUCUCUCCUCGACGGAUAUCUCAGCAACACUCUGUUUAUGUUUCACCGCAUAAGAAUGGUGCUUGCACAACACCUAAGGCUGCACUAUUAUAUAAAUUUAAUGGAAGCCCUUCCAAGAGUUUGAAGGAAAUCAACAAUAUGAUAAAACAAGAAGGGCAAAGACCUAAGAAGAGAGCCAUAUCUGUUGACAGUGACACAGAAUCACCAGCAAAGAGAAUGUGUCAGGAAAAUGAUGAUGUUUUACUUAAGCGUCUUCAGGAUGUGGUCAGUGAAAGAGCAAAUCACUAGGCCAAAUGGUACGCUGCGAGGACUAAAGGCUCUUCAGAUGUUUCUUCUGUAACGCAAAUCCCAUUCCUACUUCAAUUUUCUUUUUCUUACAGUAGACAGGUAGUGAGCCAAUCAAAGUAUACACUGUUCUAUGAUGCCACCUUUUAAAAGUGGCGCAUGGGACAAUUAUUAAAUUUCUUCUUGCAGUUUAUACUUUUAUGCAGAGUUACUGUAAAAUUAGUUUGGAUCAGUUGUGUGUGAAAGUAUAAAUUUUAAUGGAUUUUAUAUACUUUUGGACUUGUUUUCUGAAAGUGCAAGCCACUUCAGCUAUCUUGGCUCUCAGACUGCAACUACUGCAUACAGCAGUAGAAGUUAAGCCUGUUUAUUCUCUUGAUCGUUGCUUUUCUUCAAAAAAAUGUUUUAAUUCUUAUUCUUUAAAAGAAACUGAUGACUUUCUAUGCAUUAUUUUAAUGUGUUGUAAGGCCAAAAAAGUGUAGAGUAUAUAGCAACUAACCAGAUGUUUUUCUCUCUUUGAAGCGACAUUCUCUUUUUAUCAAGAAACUUGGUUAACAUUUUUAUUUUAUACAUAAGCUUAUAUGUAAAGUUAUGUGGUCUUAGGUUCCAGUUGAAUGGUAAAUAUCCUGCAGGAGGAAUUGAACAAGAUGUGGAGUGAUGGUCCCAGAAGGUUUUGUUGUUCUUGUUGUUACUGGUACAACUGCUGAGUGAAAGUAGUUGCAAUCUUCUGUCAUUGCCCAUAUUGGGGAAAUUCUUGCGUUCUCUUGCUAUCUCGUUUGAAUUUGGUAUCAUAAAGAGGCAAUGAAUCCUGUUGUUAAACAGACAUAUUCCUUGUAACUUAUCCAAGUCUUAUAGGGGUGUUUUUGUUCCAUCAUAGAUGACAUCAUAGUAUAUCUCAACUGCAUAAAGUAUGUCAAGCCUAACAUGUUAUGUCAGUUCAUCAGUAAAGAGGAUGCACAUGUUGAGCCUGGCCACACUUUUUCAUAGCUAGUAUAGGAAGAAGCAAUGUCUGUUUGUCUGUCAUCUCAAUGCCAGCCUCCCACAACAGUCAGGAAAGGUUGAAGUGAUCUGAACACACACCCCAAAAAAAGAGAAAUAGUUCAGAUAAAGGAAUUCGAAAAAGAAGUGAUCAUGCCUUGUCCCAUUGGUGGUUGUACUCAAAAAUCUCCUUGGACUUUUCUGAAAUAGGAAGAGCAAAAAUGGUUUGCAAAUUGAGAACUUGUGUUACUGCUCUUCCAUUCACAAUAUGCCCAGCUAGCAACAAGAGGAGAUAUUACCUUGGAAAUGCAGUAUUUUGAUGACUAGCUGUGAUUCUUAGUAGGGCAUGAGGGGAAAGGUUAUCAGUACUUCAAGCUACUUCAGCCUUUUCUUCGUGAUGGACUUCAUGGUGGCGAAAGACUCCUUGGGAUUCAAAGCACAGUUGGCUGCUCUCAUAUGGGGAGCUGUAAUUUGUUACCAUUUUCGUACCUUCUGGUUAUUCACUUUUUUCCUUGAAAAUCAUGUUUUCGCUUGUGUAGUAUCUACACAAAAUAUAAGUCUUAUCAAAGUAAGUGCAUGUGUACAUAAGAGUAUUCUAUAACUAUUUUUAUGUGAUUGGCCUAUGCUUUUUGUUAGCGGUGUGGGUACCAAACCAUUGAUUCUUGUUUCAGAAAUAUUUGUAAACAGAAGGUUUCAGAAGGUUUGAUUAUGUGAUAGUAUGGAAAAUAUAAGGUCUUACUUUAUAGUUUUGAUAGAAAAAAAAACAAUAAGUUAAUGAAACUAGUGAGAAUACACAAUUAUAUUGAGGCUGAAGCUUCCUUACUAGUGCUGUGGGUUGCUUUAAUUCAUGUGUAGAAAUUCUUGUAGGGUUUUUUAAAAACUACUUUCAUAAGGAGCUAGUCAGUUCUAAAGGAUUUUAGAACUAUUGAUCAGUAUUCCAAUAUUUAGUACUCUAAUUAGCAUAAGAGGUCAUGAGGUCAAAUAUUAAAAUAUAACUGAAAAACUAUGUUGUACAGCAUAAUUUGUAUAUUUUAUUUUUACUAAUUCACUGUGAAAGAAAAAUUCUCAAAUACUACAAGACCUACAUGUAGGACUUUCCAUAAAGUAAGUAGCACACUGAACAUGGUUAUUUUGAAAAUUGAAUAUCUUCUCUUUUUAAAUAUAUCUUAUCAUACAUUGUGUAAAAAGACUUUCAGCCCACUUUUCCAAGUUGCUUUUUAAGUCAAUACAUUUCCAAAUACAUAUCUGUUCUCCAAAUAGAUUCUCAGGUCUUGGUAAUAAAGAACUGGUGCUGAAGUUCUUAAUCACAAUUUUAAUAGUUUAUAUUAAUUAGAUUUUAUACUAAUGUGACAACUUCUAUUAUUUAUAUUAAUAAUGUAUCUGCUCUUAAAAAAAAGCUAGUGAUGCUCUGAAUAAAUUGGAGUUGCCCACAACAUAGCAACCAUAGCAACUUUCUUUAAAAAUGUUGCUAUGGUUCAGAAAUAUUCUUGUAAAUACGGGCUUAAUUAAAAACAUCUUUAUUCUGAUAUGUUGACUUUGAUUUGGGGGGGGGGGUGUUUUGUUUUGUUGUCCUCCAAUCUAAUUCAGGACCAGUCCCUAUCAUCUCUGGAUUGAUAAAGAACUUAUUGGUUUGUUAUUUGGGACUCCAAAUCAUUGUUCCUCUCAUACCACCUGUAUUACGAAACAGAAUCAGUUUCCAAACUUUAUUUCUGCAUCAACCUGGAACAAACAACUGAACAAAUUAWGAUKGUWUKUGUGUUCUGCUUAUUAAAAAGGAAAAUUCUCUG